UAGCAAAUUAGGGCUUGGCUUUUACUCGCUUUUUUAAUAUACGCCCGUAGACGGAAAGGCACGAAAUAAAAAGAAAAUAUAAUAUCCUAAUUAAAAUAUAACUAAUAAUUCAGAAUUCUCGCAUUUCUCAGAAAAAGGGCUUCGGAGCCGCUCUGCGUUUUCGUUCCGGAACCCUAGAAUUUCCGCGUCGGCGUAAUUUUCCUGAAUUAUUGAGGCUGGUUUGAUGGGAUUUUAGUACAAGUGCAAAACUGCAAAUAAUUAUUAUUAUUUUUAAAUUUUUUAAAAAAAAAAGAAGAAAAAAAAAAGAUGUCGGGAUCUGAGACAGGAGUGAUGACGAGUAGAGAGCCUUUCAGCGUCGGUGGUCUGCAGAAGAGUCCGCUGCAGUCACAGGCCGCCAUACAGAACAUGCGCUUGAACUUCAGUCCUGACGGCGCUGCUGCUGCUCUCUACAAGCCUGUCGCCGCCGCCAACUCACCCACUUACCAGUCCUCCGCCGCCGCCUCUGCCGCCGCAGGGGAGCCAAUGAAGCGGAAGAGAGGGAGGCCCAGGAAGUAUGGGCCAGAUGGCACCAUGGCAUUGGCUCUCUCACCUUCAGCUGCGUCUGUCACCGUAACCCAGUCCAGUGGUGGAGCCUUUUCUCCUCCUCCUCCUCAUCCUCCUCCUCCAUCUGUAGGUUCUGCUUCACCCACUUCCAUCAAGAAAGCCAGAGGCAGACCACCUGGUUCUACCAAGAAGCAACAAUUGGAUGCUUUCGGAUCUGCGGGGUUUGGAUUUUUGCCACAUGUUAUCACUGUAAAAGCUGGAGAGGAUGUAUCGGCAAAAAUAAUGUCAUUUUCUCAGAAUGGUCCUAGGGCUGUUUGCAUCUUGUCUGCAAAUGGAGCCAUUUCUAAUGUGACUCUUCGCCAACCGGCCACAUCUGGUGGAACUGUAACAUAUGAGGGGAGGUUUGAAAUACUAACACUUUCUGGCUCAUUUCUUCUAUCUGAAAGUAGUGGCCAGCGGAGUAGAACUGGGGGCUUAAGUGUGUCAUUAUCUGGCCCAGAUGGUCGAGUUUUAGGUGGUGGUGUGGCAGGUCUUCUGACAGCUGCCUCCCCUGUUCAGGUAGUAGUGGGGAGCUUUGUUGCAGAUGGUAGGAAAGAAUCAAAGACAGCAAACCAAUUGGAGCCUGUAGCACCAAAACUUGCACCGAGUAGCGGGCCAACAGGGGCCAGUAGCCCCCAGUCACGCGGAACGCUCAGUGAAUCUUCAGGCGGACCUGGAAGUCCGCUUAACCAGAGUACAGGAGGCUGCAAUAACAGUAACCCGCAAGGCAUGUCAAGCAUGCCAUGGAAGUGAAGCUUUCAUAACUCCAGCCUUUUCACUAAUUUGUGUAGUAGGCAAGAUCAGGAUCAGCAAUGUUGUGUUUUUUAACUUUAUUCGGAGUCUCGAGGGCACCCCGUCGUAGUUUCAACCUUGUGUAAUGUAUGUUUAGUAGAAUAAGAACUGUAUAAUACUUUACAGCUUGACCUUAUAGGAUGUGGGCAGCUGAAAGUGUCAACCAGGUAACAAGAGGUGUGUGUGAAAUAGAAAUUAGAUUAAGCCUUGUGCUUUUAGGACUUGGUAGGAUUAGGAUGAGUUGGUGAUCUAGUUGUUUAUCAUGUGUUGGCUUGUUGUAAUCUUUGUAGACCCUUACUUCAGAUAUGCUCAGCUUCACCUUUUUCUCUAA